AUGUCUUCUUUCGCCCCGCCUCCCGGGCCUCCCCCUCCGACUGUUCCGGAGGGGUGGAAGGCUCAAUAUGACGAGCGCUACCAGACCUGGUUCUACAUUGACACCGCGACUGGAAAAUCACAAUGGGAACGCCCCGAAGGACCCCCCGCUCCAUCCGGUCCUCCAUCUGGCCCCCCACCUCAAGAUCACCACCAACAUCCCUCACCCACCAUCUCCGGCGACCAUAAGCAAGCAAUGGCCUCGAAUAACCCCUACAACCCGGCCAAUCAGUCCAACAACACCCUCGACGAAGAUGCCCGAUUGGCCGCUAAACUCCAAGCCGAAGAAGAUUCCCGCGCGCGCAGCAGCAGCGCAGCCGGCGACCGCGGCACCGCAUCCGACUACUAUGCCGGUACAGGUGCGGGUGACUCGUCGCAGGGGCAGGUCCCUCCCGGUUAUGGUGGAGCAGGCCAAGGUUCCUCGCAGUCCCAAAGUCCCAUGCCUGAGCAAAAACGCAGCAAGGGUGGAUUUUUAAGCAAACUCCUCGGCAAGGCCUCGGGAUCAGGAUCGUCGUCCUCGUCACGUCCCCCCUUUGGCCAGCAAUACCCAUCGCAGCAGUACGGUGGAUAUCCCCAGCAGGGACCGCCUCAGGGACCCGGUGGUGGCCACUACGGGGGAGGGUAUCCGCCCCAACAGCCCGGAUACGGGGGGUACCCCCCACAAAUGGGGUACGGAGGUGGUUAUCCGCCGCAGGCUGGUGGUGGAUAUUACCAGCAACAGCCCCCGCGAAGAGGAGGUGGUGGUAUGGGCACCGCGGGCGCGGCAGCAUUAGGUGUGGGUGGAGGAUUGUUGGGAGGCAUGUUGAUUGCAGAUGCGAUUGACGAUCACGAUGAUUAUGGGGGUGGAGGUGACUAUGGUGGUGGGGAUGACUUUGGUGGAGGUGAUUUCUAA